AAACUCGUGAUCGACAGAAGGAACAUCAUUCACUGCUUCAGUGUUCAUACCAACUACAUCUAUCGUUAUUUUAUACUUCUGUGAUUUUUUUCUGUGGAUUAUUUUCUCACUCAUCUCAACACUACAAAAAUGAAGGCUGUUGUAGAAGCUCGUGUUCCAUCUGCCGACUUAGGAAUAAAAUCGCUCAAAAUCUCCAAGGGAAAAUUCGACGAUGGGGCCGAAAUGACGGCUUGUUUCCACAAACUCAAGGAUUUAGUACCCACCGUGAAUCCAGGACAAAAAUUAUCCAAAAAGGACUUAUUACAACAUGUUAUUGACUAUAUUCUCGAUUUGGAGUUAGCUUUGGAGUUCCAACCCAUCCAAUUUUCACCCAUUGGAACUACUUGCAGGACGCCAUUAUCAGAAAAGCCAGCAUCCAACUCCAUAUUAAAAGAGAAUUCAUCGUACAUGGAAACAGAUAUUGAAAUGCGACCUCCAUCGAAAUAAAUUGAUUUCCCAAUCUUCUCGAAGAAAGAAAUCGUUAUCCAUAUGUAACUAGUCGACAAGGAGUAUAAUCCAAUGUCCGUCACAUUCAAAUAAUAACAUCACAGUUGUCCAGAUAACGACAGUCAUUGGUAACACGUCACGUCCGUCACGCCUGUGACAUAACUUGACGUUGCUCUGAUAAACAUUUUCCAACAAUAAAUGGCUCAACAAUCCGAGUGUCAUCCGCAUCAAUAUGAGGGAAAUUCGUCGUUUCGUAUGUGAAAAUAACAUUUUUUGCUUCGAUAUGUGAACUUCUUGAUAUUCCAUUACUUCAUCAUACUCGGACUCGUAUGUUAAAUGUGUGAUUGGUGACUCGAAAUGUGUGUCAAAAGUGACUCCCAUCACGGGGUAUAUUAUUAUUAUGUAUGAAAGUUAUAUAGAGUAUAUUAUAGAGAAAUUUUAUUUAGAACUAGUGUAUGAACGACAUGAAUGUGUACUAUUGUUGUCCUCACUUUAAAAGACAGUUUUGUUACUUUUCGUUAGUGUGUUGUUUUUGUAUAUCUGUACUGAUUUUUUUAAUGUAAAAAUAUUUGUUAAAAUUAUUAUUUGUUAUAAGACGUUAAUGCCAUGAAAUGGUCAAAAUGAGAAAAAAAGAUUCAAAAUAU